CUGUGUGUUAGGUCUGGCCUGGAAAAUGGCUGCAGGAGUGGGUUGGGUUUGGAAACAGGACCACUAUUAAAGGCCGGGGCUUGACCCUGGGAGCAAACCGGAGCGGCUGAGUAACACUACAGAAGUGAGAGGAUAUCGUUCAGGAUGCCAGAACCAGCCAAAAAAACAGUUUCAGCUUUUUCCAAGAAACCAAAGACUCAGGAGGCAGAGGUAGGCUCCUCCGUGGCUUUUGAAGCCGAGACCGAGAAGACUGACGCUAAAGUAAAAUGGCAGUGCAACUCGAAGGAUAUUGCCAGUGGCAACAAAUAUUCAAUCACAGCAGAUGGAAACAAGCACUCCCUCACUAUAAGAGACAUCAGCCUGGAAGAUGCCAAUGUCUAUGCUGUGAUUGCUGGGGGCUCAAAGGUCAGGUUUGAGCUGCGGGUCAUAUCAAAGCCAGAGGCUCCAGCUGAGGCCCCUGCUGGUGGACAGGAUGAUGUUAAGGCUGACCCGGCCUCUGGUCCGCCUCCUGCAGCUCCCACGCAGGGAGAGACUUCUGCUCCAACACAAGAUGCUCACCCAGCUGAGGAGGCGCAUCCUCCAGACACCAGACAGGACCUGACUGGACUCUUCACAGAGAAACCUCAGAGUGGAGAAGUCACUGUGGGUGAAAACUUCACAUUUGUGGCCAAAGUAAACGCUGAAUCCCUUUUGAAGAAACCCAGCGUGAAAUGGUUCAAGGGGAAGUGGAUGGACUUAGCCAGCAAGUGUGGAAAACACCUGCAGCUAAAGGAAACCUACGACCGCAACACCAAGGUGUACACCUUUGAGAUGCACAUCAUUGCUGCUAAAGCUAACUUUGCUGGCGGUUACAGAUGUGAGGUUUCAUCCAAAGACAAGUUUGACAGCUGCAACUUUGACUUGACUGUACAUGAGGCCCGGGCUCCUGAAGGUCUGGAUAUAAGAGCAGCUUUCAGGCGCACUAGCACAGAUGGUAAAGAAGAUUCAGGAGAGCUGGACUUUAGCGCCUUAUUAAAAAAGAGAGAGUCCAUUAAGCCAGUGCAUGCGAGCACAGAUCCCGAUCUUGAUGUGUGGAGCAUCCUCAGCCACGCACCCCCUUCAGAAUAUGAAAAGAUCGCCUUCCAGUACGGCAUUACCGACCUGAGAGGCUUGCUCAAGAGACUGAAGAAGAUGAAGAAGGAAGAGAAGAAAAGUGAAGCCUUCCUCAAAAAGCUGGACCCCGCCUAUCAGGUGUUAAAGGGACAUAAAAUAAAGCUUGCAGUUGAGGUCGCCAAUGAGAACGUGGAGGUGAAGUGGCUUAAGAAUGGACAAGAAAUCCAAAAGUCUGGAAGCAAGUACAUAUUUGAGAGCGUUGGCAACAUGCGCUACCUCACCAUUAACCACUGCUCCCUAGCGGAUGAUGCCGCGUACACCUGUGUGGUGGGAGAUGAGAAGUGCACAACGGAGCUCUUUGUUAAAGAGCCUCCUGUCACGAUCGUGAAAAAUCUGGAGGAUCAGAUGGUGAUGAAGGGUGAGCGGGUGGAGUUGGAGUGCGAAGUGUCCGAAGAAGGAGCCAAUGUGAAAUGGGAGAAAGACGGUGUUGAGCUAACCCGAGACGAAUCUUUCAAAUAUCGCUUCAAGAAGGAUGGCUGCAAACAUGUGCUGAUCAUUAAUGAAGCCACCAAAGAGGACGGCGGACACUACAAGGUCAAAACAAAUGGAGGAGAGUCUGUGGCUGAACUGUUGGUGCAGGAGAAAGAGCUGGAGAUUUAUCAGAGCAUAGCAGACCUCACGGUAAAGGCAAAGGAUCAGGCGGUGUUCAAGUGUGAGGUGUCGGACGAGAACGUGAGGGGAACCUGGUACAAGAAUGGCGUUGAAGUUAAGCCUGAUGCCAGGACAAACAUCUCCCAUAUUGGGAGAAUCCACAAACUGACCAUCGACGAGGUGAAGCCAGAGGAUGAGGGAGACUACACUUUUGUGCCAGAUGGCCACGCUUUCAACCUUUCGGCUAAACUCAAUUUCCUGGAGGUGAAGAUUGAUUAUGUGCCUCGCCAAGAUCCUCCCAAGAUCCACCUUGAUUGCAUGGGCCGCACCGCCGAUUCAACUAUCAUAGUGGUGGCUGGAAACAAACUGCGCCUGGACGUCCCAAUCACUGGAGAUCCUGCCCCCACAGUGAUCUGGACCAAAGGAGAGAAGGCUAGUUCUGUAAAACCUGAAGGAGAAGAGAAUGCAGGGCACUCAGCCUGUUGGACCCUAAAAGAUGGAGAGGUCAUCACAGAAGGAGACGGCAGAGUCCACGUGGAAUCCACCAAGGGCCACUGUAUCUUUACUAUUGAGGGUGCUGAGAGACAGGACGAGGGGGUCUAUUCUGUGGUGGUUCGAAACCCAGCAGGGGAAGACACAGCCGACAUCAAUGUUAAAGUUGUUGAUGUUCCAGAUCCUCCCCAGGCUCCUAAAAUCCUCAGUGUGGGAGAAGAUUCCUGCGUUGUUCAGUGGGAGCCCCCUCAUUUCGAUGGCGGAGAGCCAAUCAUCGGGUACGUCCUGGAGAGGAAGAAGCUGAAGAGCUAUAGGUGGAUGCGACUGAACUUUGACCCUUACCCGGAAACAACCUAUGAGGCCAAGCGCAUGAUUGAAGGCAUGACAUACGAGAUGAGAGUCUAUGCCGUCAACAGAAUUGGCAUGUCUCACCACAGUCCAGCCUCCCAACCAUUUGUGCCAGUUGCCCCCACCAGCGAGCCCAUCGGACUGCACGUCGAAGACAUCAGUGACACUUCAAUCACGCUGAAGUGGCGAGCUCCGGAGAGGAUCGGCGCCGCUGAGCUCGAGGGUUAUGGGGUUGAGUACUGCAAGGAGGGCACUGACGAAUGGGUGCCAGCCAUCCAGGGUCUUACAGAGAGAUCUUCCAUGACCAUCAAAAACCUGACAACAGGAGACAAACUCAUGUUCAGAGUGCGGGCGUACAACAUGGCGGGGCCCAGUGCUCCGGCUCUUCUGGCUCAACCUGUGACCAUCAGGGAGAUCAUGCAGCGUCCAAAGAUUUGGCUCCCACGAAACCUCCGCCAAACUCUCAUCAAGAAAGUUGGAGAAACUGUUAACAUCAUGAUCCCUUUCCAGGGUAAACCACGGCCAAAAGUUAUUUGGAGUAAAGACGGAGAACCUCUGGACCCCUCAGUUGCAAGCGUGAGGAACAGCGAAUUUGAUUCGAUCCUCUUCAUCAGAAAGACUGAGAGAAAACACUCUGGGCAGUAUGAUCUCAAAGUACAGAUCGAGAAUGUGGAAGACACAGCAAAAGUCAUGCUGCAGAUUGUUGAUCUCCCAGGGCCACCGGAGGCCCUGAAAAUUGCGGAUGUGUGGGGUUUUAAUGUGGCACUGGAGUGGAAGCCACCAAAGGACAAUGGUAACUGUGAAAUAAGUGGCUACACCGUUCAGAAAGCUGACAAGAAGACCAUGGAGUGGUUUACAGUCCACGACCACUACAGACGAACACACUGCGUGGUGUCCGACCUCAUCAUGGGGAACGAGUACAUCUUCCGAGUGUUUUCCAUCAACCUGGUGGGCCUCAGCCCUGAGCCCUGCACCACAAAGGACAGCGUCUUCAUCCACAAAUCAGGUAUUGACUACAAGUCUCCCACAUACAGGGAGCAUGACUUCUCAGAGGCUCCCAAGUUCACACAUCCUUUAGUGAACCGGUCUAUAAUAGCAGGGUACAACGCCACCCUCAGCUGUGCCGUGCGAGGAAUACCAAAGCCCAAAGUUACCUGGUACAAAAACAAAAUGGACAUCUCCAAUGAAGCCAAGUAUCGCAUGUUGUCUAAGCAAGGCAUUCUGACGCUGGAGAUCCGUAAGCCAUGUCCCUUUGACGGUGGCGUGUACACCUGCAAAGCUGUCAACGACAAGGGGGAGGACGUAGUGGAGUGCAAGCUGGAGGUUCGACCCCAGAUCGCUAAAGAAGAAAAGAAGGAUGCCAAUAAAUGAGGAUGCUGUCUCUGAAUGAAGAGGUGAUGGGCGAGUCUUCGACAUGAUGCUUAAGUUACAUCACUAACUGCGCUUAACCAGCAACCUCUUUGUCUUUGAUCAUCUGCAGACGUUAUGGGGUUCCUUCAGUGUCACGACUGAGCUGUUUGGCUUCAUCAAUAAUGAUCACUUAAGUGUUAUUUUUGCAAGCAAGUGCGGAUUUUAUCACAGUAUUCUCGGCUCUUUUCAAGCUUUAGAAAGAUGGGUUUUCUUUUCUGUUUAGAAAACAUAUCUGAUGGAGAAAAAAACUAAUCAAGUGUUUGAUGAUAAUGUUUGGAUCAGUGUGCGAAUAAAACUAUAUAAAACCAAA